AUGGAGUGUGAUCCGGGGGGGUUUGGUUUGGGGGAUGAUUUUGAUGAGAUGAUCCGUAAUUCAUAUAAAAAUGACAUUGACACCAGUGGUAAAAAUCAGAUGACCAAAGAUGCAAUUAAUUUUUAUAGGCUAGUCGAGGAGGGCAAACAACCUUUGUAUCCGGGGUCGAAAACUUUUACUCGUUUAGGUUUUGUAGUUAAGCUUUACAUGUUGAAGUGCACUUGUGGAUUUACCGAGUCAGCCUUUAGUGCAAUACUUGAGCUGAUAAAAGAGGCCUUCCCCGAGUCAAAUUUGCCUCCUUCUUUUAGUGCUGCGAAGGGGAUGAUUAAAGAAUUAGGCCUUGAUUAUGAGAAGAUACAUGCAUGUCCUAACGAUUGCAUGCUAUAUUGGGCUAAAAAUAAAGAUGAAAAUAUUUGCAAAGUGUGUGGAGUUUCAAGAUGGAAAGCUGUAGAUAAUGAUAAAACUGAUAUAUUAGAGAAGGAUGAUAGGAAAAAAUAUAAAGUCCCUGCCAAAGUUCCUGGUAAUGAAAUAGAUGUGUAUUUGCACCCACUUACAGCUGAGUUGAAAGAGUUGUGGGAAAUUGGUAUAGAAACAUAUGAUGCCCACUUUAACAACACUUUUACCUUGCAUGCCAGCCUAUUAUGGACAAUAAGUGAUUUUCCGGGGUAUGGGGUUUUAUCGGGUUGGAGCACAAAGGGAUACCUUGGUUGUCCCGAAUGUCACUAUGAAACAUCAUCAACCUAUUUGAAGCACAGCCGUAAAGUUUGCUACAUGAGCCACAGAAAAUUCCUACCUCCUGAUCACAAGUUUAGAUUGGACACCAAAAGGUUUAAUGGGGAAGUUGAAACAAAUCUUUGUCCAGAACCUUUAUCCGGAAAUUUCAUUAUUAAACUUCUGGGUAAAUUUAGGAAUAAUUUUGGAAAGAUGAAGGAGAAAAACAUCAUCGAUAAAAUCUUAGGAACUUUGUUAAACAUUGGGGGCAGAACAAACGACCAUCUAAAUGCUCGUCUAGAUUUGCAGGAGAUGGGGAUUCGUAAGAUUCUUCAUCCUGUGAAAUCUGCUGAUAACAGUCACUUUGAAAUUAUGGCAGCUUGUUUUGACAUGACCAAAAAAGAAAAAGAAGACUUCUGUUCAGUGCAGAUGAAUGCUAGACUGCCAUAUGGAUGUGCAUCUAAUAUUAGCCGGUGUGUGCAACUGAAUGAAAGAAAAAUUUCUGGUUAUAAAAGUCAUGAUGCACACUUUAUUCUUCAAUACCUACUUCAGUUUGCUGCCAUCAAAACCUUAAAACCAGAUGUCGCGAUACCUUUGAUUCGACUUGGUUCCUUCUUUAGGGGCAUAUGUGGAAAAGUUAUACAGUUAGAAGAUGUAGAGAAGUUGCAAAACGAAAUCAUCGAAAUACUUUGCCAGCUUGAAACUAUCUUUCCCCCGGCAUUCUUUGAUAUUAUGGUUCAUCUUCCAAUUCAUUUAUGUAAAGAAAUUGAAUUUGGAGGACCUGUGCACCUUAGAUGGAUGUUUGGGAUUGAAAGAUAUUUGAGUAAAUUGAAGUCAUAUGUUCGUAAUAGGAGCAAACCAGAAGGCUGCAUAGCUGAAGGGUACAUGGUUGAAGAAUGCCUGACAUUUUGUUCUAGAUUCUUAACUGAUGAUAGCAAAAACAAAAUGAACUAUGUGAAUUCAAAUGUUGGAAUUUAUAUUGGUUCAAGGCGAAACAAGGAUGGAAAACCUAUACAUUUGGCAGAAAAGAUAUGGAUUAAUGCUCAUCGAUACGUAUUGUUCAACAGCGGCAACAUGGAAAUAGAGCAGCUAAUAGGUAAUGUGGAACACCGUUCCUUAUAUGACAAUCAAGUGAAGUCAAAGUUGUAUAAAAGGGAAAGAGAACACACAAAGGAAUUUUAUAACUGGUUGAAGGAUGAGGUUCAAAAAAAGGAGGAAUGCUCACCUGAAUUGUUAGCUUUGUCAAAGGGGCCUCAACGAGCAGCAAGAAAAUUUAGUGGUUAUAUAAUAAACGGAUUUAGAUUCCAUACAAAACAAAGAGACGGGAAGUGUACGACACAAAACAGUGGAGUUUAUUUGACGGCGCAGACUACUAGUUUUACUAGUACAAAAGACAAAAACCCCAUUGUUGCUGAUGUUAGUUACUAUAAAGCCAUUGAAGAAAUUAUAGAGAUUGAUUAUUGGGGAUCAUUGUCAGUAGUUCUGUUUAGAUGCAUUUGGUACCAAAACGAUAAAGACUGUCAUGGGUUGACAAGGGUCAACUUUAACAGAAUUUAUCAAAAAGAUGACCCAUUUGUUUUAGCUACACAAGUACAACAAGUUUUCUACAUUCAAGAUUGUUCUGAAAAGAACUUGUAUUUUGUUGUUAAAAAACUGCCAAGGGACUACAAUGAUGUGGAAGACGAAAGUGAUCCACUUGAAGAAGUUAGUGGACCUACAGUGCAGCAAGAACUAAUCUUUUCAGUAAAUACCCUACCUGAUGAUGAUAGUUGGUACAGAGAUGAUGUGCCGAAUAGACAAAUUCCGGUUACGCCAAGUGAAAUGGAAGAAAAUGAUGAAAUCUGCGAAUGA